CCUCAGCCAGCCCACACUGGAUUAAAUCUAGCUAGAAGUAGCCAGAAAGCUCUUUGAAAAACCACUGGGCUCCGGGUUCAUUACUACAGGACACUUGUUCUCUCCUGAGGCACAGAGAAACCUGCUGCAGAGCAACCCUGCAGGCUCAGGAGUCCAGUGGGAUAAAACCCAUCCCGGUGGAUAAUGGCCACCUAUGCCCUGCAGAUCGCUGGACUGGUGCUUGGUGGUGUUGGCAUGGUGGGCACGCUGGCCGUCACCAUCAUGCCUCAGUGGAGAGUGUCUGCCUUCAUUGGAAGCAACAUCGUGGUGUUUGAAAACUUCUGGGAAGGACUGUGGAUGAACUGCGUGAGGCAAGCCAACAUCAGAAUGCAGUGCAAAGUCUAUGACUCCCUGCUGGCGCUGUCUCCGGACGUGCAGGCAUCCAGAGGGCUCAUGUGUGCUGCUUCCGUGCUGUCCUGCCUGGCUUUCGUGACUGCCAUCCUGGGCAUGAAGUGCACCAGGUGCACCGGAGACGACGAGAAGGUGAAGGGUCACAUCUUGCUGACGGCCGGAAUCAUCUUCAUUGUCACAGGUCUCCUAGUGCUAAUCCCUGUGAGCUGGGUUGCCAAUUCCAUCAUCAGAGAGUUCUACAACCCGAUAGUGGAGACGGCCCAAAAACAUGAGCUUGGAGAGGCUCUCUACAUAGGCUGGACCACGGCGCUGGUGCUGAUUGCUGGAGGGGCACUGUUCUGCUGUGUCUCUUGUGCCGGUGAAAAGAGCAGCAGCUACAGGUACUCUGUACCUUCCCACCGCACAACCCAAAAGAGCUAUCACGUGGAAAAGAAGUCACCGAGCGUGUACUCCAGAAGUCAGUAUGUGUAGUAUGGUGGCUAGUCGUUAACUUGACCGAUAAAGCCAUGCCAAUGACUAAAGUGACCGCUGUUCUCUAAAAAUGGAAUCCAAAGGAACAUUGAUUUGCCAUUCUUAACUGCCUAACACUAAUUACAGGAACCGUGCAUUGGCUAUGUAGGCUUCUAUGAGCUAUUUCAGCAGAAUGAGAUAUCACACACCGUGCUUUGAUUGUUCUAGGAAGUGUAGUAACAUGUUUUCUAAAAUGAUUCAUGCGUCUUUGUCUUUCGCCAGUUACUUCAAAAUGACACUGUUAAAGACUGUCUUGUUUCACAAGUGUGAUUUCUCUACGCCACGGCGUUAUGUAUGGAGAUCAGCGUGUCUGUAUCUCACAUAAAGAGAGACAGGCUUAUAUGGUUCUAUUUUAAAUGAAAUACUGAUUCAAUACACUGAAUAAAUAAAACUCAACUAUUGCUUUUCAAGGGAAUCGGGGAUAAGAUUGAAGAAGGUUAAUAUUAAUUGUGUAAAAACAGCUUAGCAAUUAAUGCGUGCGAUUCCUACGGAAGGUUAAAAUGGAGGUUUUAAUCAGCAGUGUAAAGGAAGCUAAAUGGCUUUCUGAUAUCCUGUUUUUCAAGCUAGAAAUCCUAACUCCUUUAUCCUCUUUCCCCAGAGGCCUUUCUUUUCUUGUAUAUUAAAUGAAUAUCUUUUAAAAGGCAGAUACUGUUGUCGAGGAGCUUUGCAUUCAGACUGCUUUUCCAGGGCUAUCCUGAGAAGAAAGAUAAAACUGUAGUCCGAGAAACAUUGAAGACGUCAGGAAAGGGAAUUUUGUUUUUCCCCUGAAGUUUUUGUGGUUGGAGGAGGAUGCAUUUUGAUGAGAAAUCAUAUAUGUGUGUGAAUAUUUUAACAGCCGUUUGACUAUAGACUUUGGGCAUUUCUCAAUAUAAAUAACAGGAUAGGAAAAUGAUAUCUCUUGGUUUUUAGUUGCUCCCCAAAGGAACAAAACCAGGUUGUCCUUUGCAAGCUGCACCUGCUCCUAAGGUGUGUGUAGAUGGCUAGGUUUAAAUUGUCAUUUCGAUCCCAUCAAAGAUACAUUUUUUACUUGUUCUAUUUUUUAUUCAUGCGUACUGAGGUAUAGAAAUACUCUAGCUUUGAGUCUCCCCCAAAGUUGAUGCAACUGAUACUUCAAUUUGAAAGUUUGUAUCCACAUUCUAACUUAAAUGACCACACAUAUCGGCUUUAUGUCCUUUAUAUUAAUAAAUUGUGCUUUUUAUAUAAAUUUGAUGUCUUUCCUUCUUCUUUUUUUCUAUUUAUUUACUUGUUUUUUAAAACCCUAAUGUUUUCAACUUUUCAAUUUUAUUUUAUUUUAUUUUUUUAUUAAAAUUGUUUUAAUGUUAUUUUUGAGAGAGAGAGAGAGAGACAGAGAGCGAGCAGGGGAGGGGCAGAGAGACAGGGAGACACAGACUAUGAAGCAGGCUCCAGGCUCUGAGCUGUCAGCACAGAGCCUGAUGCGGGGCUCGAACUCACAAACAGUGAGAUCCUGACCUGAGCCAAAGUCAGACGCCUAACCUACUGAGCCACCCAAGUGCCCCUCAACUCUUCAAUUUUAAAAAGAGGCCACAUUUGAAAGAUAAAGGUAGACUCGUCAUUAAUUUUUGAGAAUAUAAAAUACUAUAUGUUGUUUAACAACAUUAUUCCUUAUAGCCACUGGAUUCAUACACUAAUUUUUGAUGCAGACAAUAUAUUUGUAAUGUAUUAAGAUACUGCUGUAGGUUCUAACAAAUUGAUACACUGUAAAUAUUAGGUAUGUUUAAGCCAUUUCUAUGAAGCCCCUAUUAAGUCAUUUUUGUAAAAACUUUGCAUAGUUAAGUACAUUUUUACAUCUGAGAAAUAGCAUCAAUUAAUAUACUGGCUAAUGUCUUAGGGGCGUAAGUUAUAUUUGGACCUCUACUGAAUUACAUCAUCAAAUAUUAUGUGAUUAGUUCAAUGCACAGAUGAGGACACCUGGGAAUUGUUCAUUGAUUACCCAGUAGAGUCAGGAGAAAGAAUAAGGACCAUGUGACUUCGCAGCUCAUGCUUUUUUUCUUCAGGGAAAGUAGAUUUUCUUCAGCAUCUUUCAGCUUAUCAACGGAUCUUUGUAUGUGAAAAUGCCAUGCUUAUCUAGUAUUAGUUGAGAAAACUACUAGUGUUUUUUUUUUUUUUUCUGGGGUUGGUGAUUUUGCAAUAGCUAAGUGCUAAUUUAUCCUAAGCAUGCUUGGCCCCUUGGGUCAAACCAUUCAUGAGAGCCGAAAUCAGGGAAAACUGAGCACCUUGGAGAAGUAACCCAAUCCUCUAAAUACCGGUCUUUACCAAUGCCCUUUUUACCUAGAAAGCUCUCCUGAAUGCCCCACACUCAAUUUUUAUUUUCCACUUCUUUUCUCUACCACAAUUACAACACUGCUAGUUUUUCUAAUGGUGCCACCUCUUGAAGUCUUUUCCCAGUGUUCUAUGUUUACUGUCAUCUCAUCUCUUUCCUACCUGGUUGAGAAAGAAAGUCCUCUAGACUCACAGCCUGCUGGGUUUUCUUGCCCAGCCGCCCUCCACAUUCCGAUCUCAGUUCUUCCUAAAAUGCCCCUCACCCCCUAUAAUCCUUGCAGAAAUGCUCCACUGCCAUAAGGUAGGUCCAAAUGCCUUAGUGGGUGAUAACCGACAGGCAGGGAAAUGUCUUAUAAUCUUCAUGGCAAACUGUAUCACAUCAGUGUUUUUAGCCAGUAUGGUAACAAUUAUAAAGUCAAUGUUCAGAAACCAAAAUAACUCACAUGCCAAAGGGCUUCUUUCAUAUUGUGAAAGAGAAGCACUGGAAUUAGGAAAUGAUUCGAUUAGUGGCAGGCUGAGCAUGUUUUAUAAUGUAGCUUUAUAAUGUAUUUUAUGGAAGGACACCUGAGUGGCUCAGUCGGUUAAGCGUCCGACUUCGGCUCGGGUCAUGAUCUCACAGUUCGUGAGUUGGAGCCCCAAGUCAGGCUCUGGGCUGACGCUCAGAGCCUGGGGGCUGCUUCGGAUUCUGUGUCUCCCUCUGUCUGACCCUCCCUCCCUCUCUCUCUCUCUCUCUC